AUGCGUCCUAGACGCCGGACUCGUGGGGAAACCCCUCCCAUUCCAGGAGAUGAGCAUACUCCUGGAGGAAUAGCGGAAGCGUUAGGACGUAUUGUGCAGCAGUUGACUGCAGCGCUUCCAGGCUCCAGAACUGACUUUACCAUGGAGCGAGCGAAGAGGCAUGGAGCUUAUAGCUUCUCUCAUGCUCCUGAGGCUAUGGAUGCCCAGAAUUGGUUGAACAAAAUGGAGAGAGUCUUCACUCAAAUCCAUUGCCCUGAGGAUCGAAAAGUGGGCUUAGCGGUGGAUUUUCUGGAUGGUGUAGCUUUUGAUUGGUGGUCUUAUAUGAGCAGGGACUUAGAGAUUGAUGGCCCAAUUACUUGGGAACAGUUCAAGGAGCACUUUACUGAGAGAUAUUUUGGCACAGCUAUCCGAGAUAGGAUGAAAUAUGAGUUCUUACAUCUGCAAAAGGGGGACAUGACCGUAACAGAAUUUGAACAACGGUUCACCCAACUGGCCCAGUUUGUGCCUGAUAUGGUUAGCACUGAGAGGGAGCGGAUUUAUAGGUUUGUGGAUGCUUUGGGGGGUAAGUAUUCUGAUCAGCUGACCGGAGUACCAUUUACUGAUUAUGCUGAGGUCGUUAAUGCUGCUUUACGACUUGAGACUAGGUAUAUGUCUGGUAUCCGACCUCGGGAUUUGGGUGGCCCCAGCCAGGGCCCACCCAAGAAGGCUGCUUCCACUUCUGGGUCAGGAUCUUCAGCAGGCAGCGGACAGAGUAGUGGGUCUGGUGCUGGAUCUCGUUAUAGACGCGGGGGGCGUGACAGGAGAUUCCCUCGGGGGCAGUUUAGUGGACGCCCGUUUGGGCAGAGCAGAGUUGGUUUUGGUGGUCAGCAUAGGGCUCCAGCUAGGCAGCCAGCCCCGUUUGGGCAGUACCAGUCAGUCGGAUGCUUUGAGUGUGGACAGCAGGGCCACUUUAGGAGGGAUUGCCCUCUAUUGACUCAGAGAGCUGCAUUUACUCCUUAUCAGACCGCGGGCCAGUCUUCUGCCGGCUAG